UCGCUUACUCUUAAUUAAUUCAUUUGUAGACUCAAAUCGGGGAUCGUCCGCUUUCUUAUUAUCUUAAAAAAAAUCAAAACUACGCAAUGAAAGUUUGACACUUUACAAUCGUAAAGGAAUUCGAUAGAGAAAGUUUCCGAGAGAAACUUGUUGAUCAACUUAAAAUCUCUAAAAUGAAUCAGUUGGUUAAGGUUUCGUGUAUAGUUUUAGUUUCCCUGGCUUGGUGCUCAGCCACAGAUCAAAAAGACGAGACUCUCAAGCGCUAUGACAUCAAUGGCGGCGACUGGAAAGAAGCUCAAAGUGUCAUCAAUAAACUUGUAGAUGAGAGUAUCGCCAAAAAGGUCACAGAAGCAGAGAAAGAUAUGGCAAAUCUUCUAGAACAAAACAUCGUCGAACACAUAAAGCGCAAAGGCUCUUUUCUAUCGGCAGUCAAGAAAGCCUGCAAGGAUAAGUUAACACACUGCGACACCUUGGCAGAGGCUGGCGUUUGCAAGUCAUCGCGUAAAGCAAUGAAGGAGCACUGUCCGAAGACAUGCAAUCUUUGCGAAACCGAGUAUGUCAAGAUCUCACCGGAGGUCGAGAUUGUGAUGAAGCCAAAAGGAAAAGCGGAUGCGAAUUCUGCGAAAAAGUCUGUCACUGGUGUAGCUUCUGAGGUGCUGAAAAAUCUGUUCACUGAUAGCUCUGUGUCCGAACUUCAUUCUAUCGAGCCUCUUCUAGGCAAGCAGUCCAAGGACGCCAUGAAAUUCCAUGACAACGACAUGUCAGACGAAGAGAAGAAAAUCAGCGAUGCCAAACAACUUCUUGAGGACGCAAAAUCUCUGAAAAGGGCUCCUAAGAAGAAGCCAGAAAAAGAAGUCCAAGCCAACACGAAGUCAAAAAUUGCCAAGAAAGGGCAGAAACAAGCCUCCCUCAAAAAAGCAGACAAAUUAAAAGGCAUUCCAAUAGAAAAACUAUCCAAAACAAUAACUUACAAGAAUAAGAAAUACAAGGUAACACCGAUUGUCGAUUGGAAAAAGAUCUCGAAGAUGCUUAAGUCGCUUGGCUACAAGGCAAUCCACAUUCUGGGCGCACAUAACAAACACCUGGCGAAAGGUCUGAAGAAACACCUCAAGGAUAAUGGGGUGUCCACCAAGGUUAAAACGUCCGCUCACGUGGCGGAGGACACGGUGGUCAAGGCAAGUCAUAGGGAGAAGUCCUGGAGAAACAAGGUGUGGUUUAAAGCUAACUGCCAUCCGAUGUGUCUGGUUUCCUGUGUUGGUUCUUGUGGUACGGGAUGCUGCAAGGAACAUGACGCAAACUUACUGAAGAAAGGCCGUCCGUCCUACUGUCACGAGAUGUGUCUCGCGAACUGCGUGCCAUCGUGCGGCAGCGGUUGCUGCUCAGCGGAGGAUGAGAAGAAGCGAGGUCAUUUGGCGCUUCACUGGAGCCACAAAGACGCACCAAAACAGGAUACAGCAACAAAGAAACCAGCAAAACCGGCGGACUCAAAACCGGCUAAGAAACCAGUCAAACCUGUGAUGAUUGGCAAGAAGGGGAGCAGCAGAGGAGUAAAUAUGGGGUUGUCUUCCCCCGAAAUGUACCUCCCACAGAUUCGUCAAUGCAUCGCGCCCUGCCCUCAGGUUUGCGCGCCGGCUUGUAGCGACAUUUGCUGUGGCUUCGGCGCAUAUGCUCCAAACCCUGAUACCCACGUGCAUCCAGGCCUACAGCCAAAUGUCCCUUACCCGAACAAGAACAUCCCGGGAGAGGCGUACGUCUGCAAGGAAGAGUGCAAGUUUAGCUGUGACCUGGACUGCCCCGAAAACUGCUGCGGACCGGAAGGCUUAAUGCAGAGAAAUCAGCGACUUCAGAUUAACCCUGCCGCACCGUACGACCCCAUGCCCCCUCCGCAGACCGGGUUCCCUUCCUUUGCCGCGCCUGUCCAGACAUUCCAGGCAACAGAUGGUACGUGCCCAGCCCCUUGCCCAGGCAGCUGCUCUCCAGAUUGCACGGUUGCGUGUUGUGCGGCGCAGCUCGGUCUUCCCCAGGCUGAUGAUAACGCUGUGGCGCGCUCCUCCACAAGGAAGGUGAUACACUUGACGCAUGUGAUACGCCCUUUCCAGCAAGGCAAUAUUAACGCUGCGCGCACAUGUGCGAUCACGUGCGGUACACACUGCACACCUGCUUGCGCGAGAUCGGGGUGCUGCGACACCCUCAAGAAGUGAGCGCAUUCUUUGACGUAGGUAAUCUAGGAACUGGGAACCUUUGGACUAGAGAAAAUUUAGGAACUGGGAACCUAGGACUGAGAAAAUCUAGGAACUGGGAACCUAGCACUUGAGAAAUCUAGGAACUGCGAACCUAGGACUGGGGAAAUCUAGGAACUGGGAACCUAGCACUUAAGAAAUCUAGGAACUGGGAACCUAGGACUGGGGAAAUCUAGGAACUGGGAACCUAGCACUUCAGAAAUCUAGGAACUGGGAACCUAGGACUGGGGAAAUCUAGGAACUGGGAUCCUAGCACUUCAGAAAUCUAGGAACUGGGAACCUGGCACUCGAGGAAUUUACAUGAAAUAUCCAUGGAUCAUACAGUAGAUGAGCAGUUAAUGUUCGUUUGGGAAAAGGGACUCGUUAUGAUUUUGCUCACACUAACAAUUCAAUUAAAAUUUUAAUAGAAAUUGAUGUGCAUUUUACUGUACAUAUAUAUUUAAAACCAAAGCCAGCACCUCUAUUUCAAAUGUGUAUAAUUUGAUAAUUAUAAUGAGCUGUAGAUUUUUUGUUGAUAAUAACACUACAUUGUACAUUGUAUUUUCCUGUUGUAACGGUCAAAUAAAUAUACUUUUUUUUAA